GUAUUUUGCAAAACGUCAUCCAAUGUUAUUGUCACGUGAUAUAUCAUGGAUCUCACCUUGUGGUGCGAUUUCCCGUCAGUGAUGCUCGAGGUCGAUACAAUGUAAUUAAAGAUGAGUGUCUGGAAAAGACUUCAGAGAGUUGGAAAGGAUGCGUCAAAAUUUCAGUUCACAGCGUCAUACCAGGAACUUGAAGUAGAAUGUACCAAAAAAUGGCAGCCUAACAAACUGUGUAUUGUAUGGACCAGAAGAAGCCGGCACAGGUCAACAAAGCUACACACAUGGGAGCCCACUAUACGGAAUCCCUACAGAGGCCUGGUGACGUGGACCGUUCCGGAGAACAUCGAGAUCCAGGUGACCUUGUUCCGAGACAGUCAGCAUGUGGAGUAUGAAGACAAAGAGUGGGUCUUCCAAAUUGAAGACCAAUCCCGUGCCGGGAGGAGGAAGAUUCUGGCCACUGGACCAAUCAACAUGAAGGAGUUUGCCUCCUCCGUCCCGACCCAGCACACGAUGAAACUGACCCUGAAACCUACGACAAAGAAGAUUGUCAGCGCUACAUUACAGUUUACACUGUCCUGUCUGUUCCUGAGAGAAGGAAAGGCCACGGAUGAGGACAUGCAGUCGGUGGCCAGUCUGAUGAGUAUCGGGAGGACUGACAUCGCCGUCAUGGACGAUCUGGAGGAAGAAGAGGAGGAGGGAACCAGUAAAGAGUUCUCCACUGGAAUCUCAGAGCUCGCCUCGGAUAUAUCCAAGCUCAGCAGUAACCAAGACGAUGGUAAUCCGUUUAGAAAUCCCUUUGAAGAUGACCUUGAGCUGGAAUGUGAUGACUUCUGUGUGCCUCUGAUAGAAAAGAAGCCUGCUUCUCUGAAUCCUUUCGAUGAGAGCGAUGAAGAAGAAGAAGACGAUGAUGCCACUAACCCUUUUAACGAGAAAAACUCCACUAAUGACUCUACCACUCCUCUAACCACUAGUCAGUCGUAUAACCCCUUUGAAACUGCCGGCUCUGUAGAACCUGAAAAGAAAACUAAUACUCUCCCCGUCAAAAAGAGGCGGGCCCCUCCCCCUCCCUCAGUGAGGGCUAAAAGUGAAAUAUCUAACACAAAGCGACCUUUAUACACAGGCACGCCCCCCUCCUCUCCAGAGGAACAGAGGAAGGAAAGGGCAAUAACUCCUCCCCCCGAGUCGCUGGAUACCUCGGCCAACUCCUCCCUCAAUGCUAGUCCCGCUAAACAAUUGUCCCCACAGCAUAAUGGUAGUGAUGUUGAAAGUGAGAGGAAGGUACUGGAACCACUGAAUACUAACCAGAUGGAGUCACCCUCACGGAAUACAGAUUCAAGUAAAAGCCUUCUGGAGUGGUGCAAAGAGGUCACCCAAGGUUAUAAAGGGGUCAAGGUCACAAACUUGACCACGUCCUGGAGAAAUGGAAUGGCUUUUUGUGCCAUUAUUCAUCAUUUUAAGCCAGAUUUGUUAGACUUUAAGUCAUUGGCUCCACAUGAUAUAAAAGGAAAUAACAAAACUGCCUUUGAUGCCGCCGCCGCGUGUGGUAUCCCCCGUCUGAUAGAACCGUCUGACAUGGUCCUAUUGGCAGUGCCAGAUAAAUUGUCUGUGAUGACGUACCUCCACCAGCUGAGGGCUUACUUCACAGGACAGACACUGGAGGUCCAACAGAUAGGUAUAAACACAAGAGAGAGUAUGUAUACGAUAGGAGAUCUAGAUGCCAAUACUCAAAGUGAAAUCACCAGGGAGAUGUAUGGAACGAGUCGAGUCAAAGACAAAAACAAGAAAAACACUAAAGAUAAUGGUCCUGCCAAGCAGGACAGCAAAGAAAAUAGUCCCACUAAUUCCCGCAGCAAAGAAAAUACUCCGAGUGACUGCACAAGUGCCAGUGUCGAGUUACGCAAAAGCAGAAGUAAAGAAUCCAGUCCCACAAAGACUCUAGACACUAACCAAAAUGCCAAAGAUAGUACUGUGAUAGAUAACUCUGUGAAUUCCCCAUGUGAGGAGGUGACCAGUCCUGUUGUGGAGGAGGAGGACGUGUGGCGCCCCCAGACAGGAAGUAAAGCCUCCACCCCCCUAAGUGACCUGGGGUCUCCGGUCCUCAGCAGUCAGGGGUCACUGGGUAGUCCUGUCUCCCCCCGGUCUGGUACCCCGGUGUCUGGCAGCAGUGGACAAUCGUCACGGGCCUCCACCCCGUCCAGUCCUCCCUCUAGCACUGUGUCUCCUAAAAGGGAAUCAGCUGGAGCUAAAAGAAUAAAUAUUAGUGAUUUAGACUCCAUAUUAAAGCCAAAGGAAGACGACAGAAAGUCUCGACAAGAGGAGCUAAAGGAACGAGCCAAGUUCUUGUUGGAACAAGCCAGAAAAGAGGCUGGCAUAGGAGAAACUCCAGGCUCUCCUGCUAAGGAGGUAGAAAAAGAGGUGUCUGAGGAAACUGAUGACAAACAAAAGAGGUUAAAAGAGCGAGCCCGGCAGCUUAUUGAUGAAGCUCGAGCUGGAAUAGGUCAACCAGAGGUCAACCUGCCCAAGAGGCCCAGCAAAGAUCUAACAACAGAAGAAGCAGCUUGUAAAUCGACACUACGAAUGCGACGGAUAGUUCGCACCCCUGGUCUUUUUGUCAUUAAGACUGAAUCUCUAUCCCUAAGUAAUGGAGAAACAAAGAAGCCAGAGAUAAAACUGAAGAGAUUUAGUCUCAAACAACCCGACCUGACUUCCUCAUUGUCAUCUUCUACCAAGAGUGAGGAGGCAGUAGAAAACAGGGUGGUCCAGAGUCCCUCGUCUGAGUUUUCCCUGACAGGGAGCAGUGACGGGUCGAGAGAAGAGGGUGAUUUCAGCUCUACACCAGAUUCGUUGGAAUUUGAAGACCAUAUGGAGAAGAAAAAGGAUGAGCAUCUGCAGGACACCAAUCAGUAUGUUCACAAUGAAAUGGAUGCUUUGGAGAGAGAGCAGACACAGAUAGACAAACAGGCGGGGGAGCUGGAGGCCAAACUGAGGAGGGUCAUGGGAAAAUCAAAGUACAAGCGAAUGGAGGAAAAACUAAUGCAGGAAUGGUUUUUGUUGGUCAACAAAAGAAAUGCCUUGAUCAGACGGCAGAUGCAGCUGAAUAUCUUAGAAAAGGAAGAUGAUUUGGAGAAGCGAUUUGAAUUGUUGAAUAGGGAAUUACGAGCAAUGAUGUCCAUUGAAGACUGGCAAAAAACUGAGGCUCAGAAGCACCGCGAGAAACUUCUACUGGAAGAGCUGGUCGAGAUCGUCAACAAGCGUGACGAGAUGGUUCAACAUCUAGACUCACAGGAACGAGCCAUUGAAGAUGAUGAAAAUCUGGAUAGAAGAAUUACAGAGGGUAAAAUUCUACAUGACAAAAAGGAAUGUUGUAUACAGUGAUGUAAACUGCUUUGUAGACCCAUAAAUCUACACCAUCCGCAGGUGUGUACAACCUUAAACAAUCACUAUAUAGUCCCAAGAGCAGGGGAUACCAGCUUAAAAGACCACCUAUCCAAGGAAAUCUUCCUGAUUAUUGGUCACCAUGGUAAAAAAAAAACUUUCAGUUGAUAUGAGAGUGAUGAACAGGGUGCAAGGGCUCCUUUUUUACACUCACACGCAAUAUUGCAAAUCUUGUCCAUCGUGUCCCAAACUUUGCCUUAUACUUUUAGCUUCCAAAGUAAAGGAGUUGUGGCCAGUAUUUUUGUUAUUGUGUGUUCACAUUGUCAUUGUUUUGUGACACCAGCAAAGUACAGAUUUAGGGUAGAGUAUUAUACGUAGAUCUGUAUAAUUUUUGUCUACAACAUUGUGACUAAACAAAUGUUUUAUGCUAUAUUUUUGACUUGCUGUAUGGCUGAGUACUGUAAUGUUAAUUGUACUGUAUGUAUGAUAUUUGAAAACAUAGUAGUACACAAAUUUAACAGUUAUAUGACUGCCAUUUGAUCAUUUUAUGAAAAAAAAAUGAAGACUUUGAUUGAUGAAAGUCUGAUAUAUUUCAGAAUCGUGCAUUUAUCCCAUGUUUUUUAUCGAAGUUUCUGAAAAAUAAUGUAUUGUUUUGUGAAGACUGUAUUUAUUUGACAUUUUGUAAUUGUUCAGGAUUUGUCUAGUACUUGUUUGAAUAAUUAUCAAGUCUUUAAGGAGAGUAUUUGUACUCCACUCCUUGUAAAACUUGAUGUUUUUUUUAAGGAGAGUAUUUGUUCUCCACUCCUUGUAAAACUUGAUGUUUUUGAAUAUACAUUUAACAAAAUUUGGUAGUUAUGAUAUUACUAUCAUGGAAAGAAACAUGAAUUUCACCUCUUUUUUUCAAUUUUUUUUUUUCAUUUAUAUGAAAAUAUAAAAUUUCUGAAAAUAUUUUAUAAACAUUGAUAUACUCAAAAAUUUCUGAAAAUAUAAUAAUGUCCUUGAGACUAGCGAGAUAAAAGGUCAUGGGGCAUUUGAUAAAUUAAGAUUGAUUAAAAUUGUAAAAAGAAUGAAAAAAAUUCCCCUAAACCCCCCCCCCCCCCCCAACAUACAAACAAUGGUUAUAAUAAAUCGGUCGUCAAAAUAAGUGGUAUACAAUGAUAUUUGGUAAUAAGAGGGUACUUGGACUUUUCAUAUUCAUAUGCUCAAAAAAAUAGUUUGGUCUGAAUUUGUCUCAACUGUUUAUGUAAACUCAACAGAAUCUUUGACCUUGACAUUUUGUAUGUAAACUCAUUUAAAUAUUUGACCUUGACAUUCUGUCACAUUUUAUCAUAGCAAGUUAACCAAAUGCCGUCAAUAUGUUUCUGGUCCAUUGAUUUAAUGAAUAUAUGACCUUGACAUUUUGUAUGUAAAUUCAACUAAAUAUUUGUCCUUGACAUUCUGUCAAAUUUAUCAUAGCAGGUUAACCAAAUGCCGUUAUUGUGUUUUUGGUCCAUUGUUUUAAGGAAUGUAUAGUAAUACAUUUAUAUUCACACGGAUAAACUUACAUUGAUUUGUUCUUGUGGUGCUUUAUUUGUUGCCAUAUACCAAAUGUGCUGUUUCAUUAUACUCAUCAAUUUAAUUGUACUGAUAUAAAUGCUAAACAAAA